CGUGGAUAACAGGCCUAUACUUUUUUAUUAUUUUAUAGAUGUUUAAAUAUUAAACUGGUAUGAUCUUCCGGUGUUCUUGUCCAACUCGUGAAAAAAUACCAGUGGCAGGUAAAUUAAAAGUUACAUUUAUUUGCUUCGGGUAAAACUUAAUGGCUAAUUCAAAACUCGCGUAAAAACUCUCAAAAUAGAGCAAUGACGCACCAAAGUUGCAGGCAUCCACGGAUCGUCGCGGGCAUAUCUCAUAUUUAUAGCCAUUAUACGGCCAGAGCUCCAGAAUAGAUAGCGGUGUGACCUUUUUUUUGGCAUCACUCCCUCUCACAGACUGAAGCAGAAUGUUUGCUAUUAGGACAAGCCACGUCCUGUGUUUUAUCUUCUCCUGCAGCCGGAGUUUGGCGUCCUUAGGUAAUUUCUGGCACAUCACCGACCUGCACUGGGACCCAACCUACAAGGUGACUGACAACCCAGAGCAGGUGUGCGCAUCGAACGGCUCGCGGCCCGUAACCAACGCUGGGAAGUUUGGGGAUUACCUCUGCGACUCGCCAUGGGACCUCAUCAACUCGUCCAUAUAUGCCAUGAAAGACAUUCUGCCAGACCCGGACUUCAUCGUUUGGACCGGUGAUGACACGCCUCACGUGCCUAACGAGCAGCUAAGCGAAGAGGAGGUGCUCUCCAUCAUCGGAAACCUCACCCACAUCAUAAAGCUCGUGUUUCCAGGUACCAAAGUGUACUCUGCGUUGGGUAACCAUGACUACCACCCUAAGAGCCAGCUUCCCCCGGAACAGAACAACAUCUAUGCGCGGACAGCCCAGCUGUGGCAGGACUGGCUGGAGCCAGAAUCACGACUCACCUUUAGGACAGGGGGUUACUACACGGAGGAACUCCUGAACCGAACGGGCUACAGGGUUCUGGUCCUCAACACCAACCUCUACUACGACCAGAACAAACUGACAGAGAGCGUGGAGGAUCCGGCGGGACAGUUCAGCUGGGCCAAUCAAAUACUGACCUCUGCAGCCAGGAACAACGAGAAGGUGUACAUCGUGGGCCACGUCCCGCCGGGCUUCUUUGAGAAGAAGAGGCACAAGCCGUGGUUCCGGUCCAACUUCAACCGGCGGUACCUGGAGCUGAUCCAGCGGCACCACGGCGUCAUCGCUGGCCAGUUCUUCGGCCACCACCACACCGACUCCUUCCGCAUGUUCUACAGCUCCAGCGGGUCCCCCAUCAGCGUGAUGUUCCUGACCCCAGGGGUCACCCCUUGGAAGACUACGCUACCUGGGGUCACCGAUGGGGCCAACAACCCCGGAAUUCGGGUCUUCGAGUAUGACACCUCCACGCUCCUUGUCCAGGACAUGGUGACGUACUACCUGAACCUGACGCGGGCGAACGCGGCCCGGGGGCGCUGGGAGAAGGAGUACCGCCUGAGCGAGGCCUUCCAGGUGCCCGACGCCUCGCCGUCCUCCAUGCACGGCGUGCUGGGCCGCGUGGCGGCCGACCGCUGCCACCUGCAGCGCUACUACGACUACAACUCGGUGAGCUACGACCUGUCCGCCUGCGACGCCGCCUGCCGGGCCGACCACGUCUGCUCCAUCCGCGAGCUCGACUUCGACAGGUACGAGCGCUGCCUGGAGAGGGAGGGGGCGGCGGCCCUGAGCCACACCCCGACGACGCCUCUCCUCCUAUCAGCGGCCUUCAGCCUGCUCCUGGCCUCCUACUGACCCCGCCUCCCCCGCCUCCACCCUUGAGAUCGGCGAUCUCAAACUUCAGUCCUGGAAGGGGCCACAGUGUCUGCUGGCGGUUUUUUUUUUUUAAUUUUUAAUUUAGGCUCUUAUGUGGUUAUUUAAGUCACUCGUUUACACGAUUAUUUUAACUCGCUGGUUCAGUGUCCAUACGCCUUGUUUCGAAAGCAUAGACUGGUAAACUACUGAUUUUAGGGAAACCAUAACAUCCUGCAGACCUCCAGGACUAGAGUUGGAGAUCCCUCCUCUACCCGAAGUAGGAAACUGACUGAAUGGGGUGAUAAGUUGGAGUUGGACUAUGUUGUUAUAUCUAAAGGUACACUUGAGAUAUAUUUUUGAUGAUGAUUUUCUUAAUAAUUUUGUCUGUCUGUGAAGUAAUAUUAUAUUCUUGCUUCCCUACAGCUGUGACUAAAUAUCUUUAUUCUGUCAAUGUGAUACAAGAGUCUGUAAAGAGAAUUGAUGAAGCUGUGGUUUUUGAAAGAUGCUUUGUUUUUUUUUACCAUUUCUGCCUUCUGCUAAUCAUCACUGUAUGUGUAGUUUAAGAAAGAAGGAAGAAUCUCUAUACUGGAAUCCAUCACAUGACUUAACCACAAUUCCAACUUGUUAAAAGUCAGGGGCACUUAUAAAAAAAAACCUACAUUUUUACACAAAAAAGAAGUCGACCUUUGAUUUAACAAGUUUCUCUGUAAAAUAAUUUUUCUGCAGCGUUGUGUGAACCGUUUUCCUUGUGAAAGGGUCUGUGGCUUUGACUCAUGUUUUUCAUGAGCCAAUAAACGCGGCAUUGGCUUGCGUAAGGG